AUGAAUGGUGUAGCUGUCCAGCCGAUCGUAACGCAACCCAUUUCGACUCCAGCGCCAGUACAAGAUGAGCCACAGCUGCACGAUUCUUCCCAAACCGACCAGCCACCUCAAACAGUUCAAAAUGGACAUAAGACAGAGCACUCCGUAAAGCAGGAAGCACAGAAGAUCGAGAAUCAGACGGCGAUAAACACCAUUGCAAAAAUCUGCUCCGUCGCCGCACCCCAUGGAUUUCUCCUCGUUCAUUCUCCCGAAAAAGUCGAUGAUAAAAGAGUCCAAUUUGUCCGACUCAUGCAACUCGCUGAAGACCCGAUCUUCGAUGUCUCCGCCAGCUACAUCAUCCACAUUUACAAAGAUCUACUCUGGGACUUAACAAUUCACGGGCGAAAAGUGUGCCCGGAACUGGCCCUUCCAAACUUUCCCGAACGCGUGACACACGAUACCGCGGAGCUCUUCUUCAGCAGCGUGCUGAAAAUCAAAAUUUGCCCGGGCGUUCAAGUCGCUGAGAAUAUUUGCCGAUCAAUUUCAACGCUCGGCACAGCGGUCUUUCUCGAUAAUGACAAUAAUCGCGUCGCGGUGGAAGAUAGAUUUUCCAGAACGGUCCGGCACGUCGACUGCGAAAUCGUCCAGGCUGGCGGAGUGAAAUGCUUGGCGUGUGAAAGAUGGACGCCACCAGCAACACCGCAGCAACAGCCGCUGAAACCGAAGCCUAGAGCAGUUGUUGCACAGAACGGGAGCCCGCAGAUCUCUCUAAAACUCGCGCAAACAACGCCAAAUGGUGCCCCAACUAAUCAUCACAGACUUCAGGCACAACUUUCUCAAGAAAAUGGAUUUUCCCCCGAAAAAAAGGCUGGACAUGAUCUUCUCCCAAAAAAGCGGAGACAUCAAGAAGCUUCCGUUAAAAUCGAAGUAUCCGGCAGUGAUUCCUCGAUCAAUGGGGUAAACCAGGCGGUUAGUGCUAACGGUCAGCACCAAAUCCAAGCCCAAAGUCAAGGAAACGGAGGACCCCCAGUGAAAGUGAGUCACAUGACCUCUGGACUGUCAUUGUUGGCGGAUUCGGCAGCGGCGCGGAUGCCGCUCACCGCAGAUCGCCCAAACAUGAGGGAACAGCUACUCGCCAAAGCCGUUGAAAAGAAGCAGGCUUGCGGGCGAUGCGACCGUUGUCAACGCCUAGACGACUGUGGUCAGUGCGAUUACUGUCUCGACAAGCCGAAGUUCGGCGGGCCAAACACCAAGCGGCGCAAAUGUCGUCUCCGAACGUGCGUCUAUUAUCGCCAGAGUCAGAUUCGAGGCUGUCGCAGGAGCACUGGUUCUACAGGCUCGCGAAAGGACUCCGAAUCAAGCUACGAAGUGAAAAAUGGAGAUGAGAAGCGCGUGCAAAUCGGAAUCAUCGACCAGAAAGGGGAAAUUGCUCGCAUUGAGAAAACCCCGCCGAAAAGUCCGAAUGAAGGAGGAGGAAGUUAUAGACGACGGCCUACUUUUCAAUGCCACAAGUGUGAACCCUGCGGUGCACCAGAUUGUGGAAGCUGUCGUUUCUGCUUGGAUAAACCCAAAUUUGGCGGCCCCGGUCGUUUGAAGCAAAAAUGUAUCGAACGCCGAUGCAUCCUUGAAAAACAGAGUGACGAUCAACACAGCCCUAGAACUUCUUCCACCAUGAUUUCUUCCAUAAAUGUUUCGAAAAAGACUGAGAAGCAGCCCGAGUACGUCCUUGCGUAUACCCAGCCUGAUCAGAAACCGACGACGGCGAAGAUCGAAAUCAAAGCACCCGGAGGAUUUAUGCCACUCUUCAAGCCAGUUACUGUCACUCCGCCCGUAGUAAUUGAUAGAUCUGCCAGCAAUGGUUCAACAGUCGCGCAUCCCAUCCACACUCAACAUCAACCUGCCGUCGUCCUGCCAAAGCGAGAGCUUACAGUAGAACAGACGCCGCUGGUUAAACGCGAAGAUAUCAUCCAGGAUCAGGGCACCAUCGCUGUGAGUGAAGGUGAACAUCUUACCGAUGAGGACGAAGAAAUCCAGGUUGAUGCUUGA